AGACAUCAACCAAUCUCAUCAUACAAAAGAACGAAAAACAUGACCUCAGACAAUCUUGUAGUGCUCAAUGCUCUUGACACAGCACGUACCCAAUGGUACCAUGUCACCGCCGUUAUCAUUGCUGGAAUGGGUUUUUUCACAGAUGCAUAUGAUCUCUUCUGUAUCACCACUGUCUCCAAACUUUUAGGUCGUUUAUAUUACUACGACCCAACUACCCAUGCCCCUGGCAAAUUGCCUCACUUAGCUAACAAUUGCGUUAGUGGAGUUGCUCUAGUUGGUACUCUAUCUGGCCAGCUUGUUUUUGGCUGGCUAGGAGAUAAACUCGGUCGAAAGAAAGUCUAUGGACUCACUUUAAUCCUCAUGGUCAUUUGUGCACUUUCCUCUGGCUUGUCCUUUGGGUAUGACGGAAAAGUUGUGAUAGGGACACUCUGUUUCUUCAGAUUCUGGUUGGGAUUUGGCAUUGGAGGAGAUUAUCCUCUUUCUGCUACGAUCAUGUCCGAAUAUGCUAAUAAGGCAACUCGUGGGGCGUUCAUUGCUGCAGUGUUCGCUAUGCAAGGAGUUGGGAUCAUUUUUGCUGGUCUUGUUUCGAUGAUUAUUUCCAAACUUUUUCUGAUGAAAUAUGGAGGUACACCGUUUGAUGUGGAUGAAAUUUUGUCCACGGAGCCCGAGGCAGAUUACGUUUGGCGGAUCGUGUUGAUGCUCGGGGCUCUUCCGGCUCUUCUUACCUAUUAUUGGCGAAUGAAGAUGCCUGAAACAGGGCGUUACACUGCAAUUAUUGAGGGCAAUGCUAAACAAGCAGCGAUUAACAUGGGGAAAGUUCUUGACAUUGAAAUUCAAGAAGAAGGUGAUAAGUUGGCCCAAUUCAAGGCAGCUAAUGAAUACCCUUUACUCUCCAAUGAGUUCUUCCAGCGCCAUGGGCUUCACUUAAUAGGUACAAUGAGUACUUGGUUCUUGCUAGACAUAGCCUUCUACAGCCAAAACCUCACACAAAAGGACAUAUUUCCAGCCAUGGGACUUACUAGAAAAGCCAGUACGAUUUCCGCUUUAAGGGAAAUGUUUGAGACAUCGCGUGCCAUGUUCGUGAUUGCCUUGUUCGGUACUUUCCCUGGUUACUGGUUCACGGUAUUCUUCAUUGAAAAAAUCGGGAGAUUUAGAAUACAAUUGAUGGGGUUCUUCAUGAUGUCUGUUUUCAUGGCAAUCAUCGGAAUCAAAUACGAUUACCUAAGGACUGAAGAUCACAAAUGGACAUUUGCAACUCUUUAUGGUUUAACUUUCUUCUUUGCCAAUUUUGGGCCCAACUCAACCACAUUCGUUCUCCCCGCGGAGCUGUUCCCUACAAGGGUGAGAUCCACUUGCCACGCAUUAAGCGCGGCUUCUGGAAAGGCAGGGGCAAUGAUUAGUGCAUUUGGGAUACAACAGUAUACGCAAGAUGGGAACGUUAAAAAAAUCAAGAAAGCCAUGAUACUGUUGGCCGUCACAAAUAUGGUUGGAUUUUGCUGCACAUUCUUGGUGACUGAGACGAAAGGGCGGUCAUUGGAAGAAAUUUCGGGGGAGGAUGGCAGGCAGAAUGAGACACAAAUGAAGACUAGCAAACCUGUUUCUGGCCACCACGAUGAUGGAUGGGAAUGAUAAAAGGAUAGUACAUUGUCAAGUUUAUAUAUCACUUUGAGCAAUACGUAAUCACAUAUGUAGGAAAUGGGUCAAUAAACAGGCGAAGAACCGAUUAACUGGUUUGUCGUUCACGGGGUGUCACCCCGUGUUGUGCUUUUUAUCUUCAA